ACAAGAUACCUCGUGACAAUUUGCACACGGCACUUCAAGUGCAAAUACGAAGACACAGUUUUCUUAUCUCCGUUAUAAAGAGAAGAUAGUUGACAGCGACGUUGUCGUUUUAAAUCGUAUCGAUUAACAAUUAAUCGUAUUCGACACAGCAACCCAAAAUACAUUCCAGAUAUGCGUUUCAAAUCAUCUGUACAACCGCCGACGUGUCGAGACGUUUGAAUUUGAAACUGAAUUCUCUGCGGCGCCGAUCGUGUCGUAUUCAAACGCUGUCCUCGUCCGUCCGAGGUCUAUUUAUUCGCCGAUCACGCUCGCAGUUGGCUGAUAAAAAAUACACUUCCACGACGUGAUGCAACGCGGCGCACGGCAAAAAAGUAAACAAUAGAAUUAACGCCUAGGUCGUGCGCCGAGGAGAGAGGGAGAGAGAGGGUGGUGGGAGGGGAAAGAGCGACGCGAGCAAGGAAGUGAAGGAGGUUGGAUCUUCGUUUUUCGGACGUGGGUCGCACGCACGAUCGAGAUAGAUCUGUCACCGCGAAUCGAUCGAUGUAACGGCGCGGCGAACGAAGCCGAAUUCGGGGGAAAAAUGUGCGACAAGUAUGUCAUCGGUUAUUGGAUAUCCGAGAGGAAACGGCAGAAAUUCAAUUGGAAUGACUUCGAGAACGUCUGCGAGAGCGAGGGCUUUCGGUUAAAAAUGAUCGAUGUGAAUUUAAGCCUUGAAAAGCAGGGACCACUACACGUUUUUCUACACAAACUGACGGAUACGCAAUCGCACGCGGAGAGCGGUGAUAAAAAUGCUGAAGAUAUAGUCACGAGACUCCAGGAAUAUAUUGCCAAACAUCCAGAUCUGAUUGUUAUCGACCCUCUGGACAAUAUUAAGAACUUACGUAAUCGAUGUAAAUCUUAUGAAUUUAUACAAGAAGGUAUUAGGUUUAGUGAUAUAUUUACUCCAAAUUUUGUAGAAAUUAAGAGUAGAGAUGUUCAAGACAUAGUGUCUACUUUGAAGAAACGUGGCAUUAAGUACCCAUUUGUUUGUAAACCUCUUAUUGCAUAUGGCUUCAGCGAUGCACACAAGAUGAUGAUCAUCUUCAACGAAAGGGACUUGAAAGACUGUCAGCCACCCUGUGUUGCCCAGGAUUUUAUCAACCACAACGCUAUUUUGUACAAGGUGUUCGUCGUGGGCGAGCGUUUUCACGUGGUGGAACGGCCCAGCUUGAAGAACUUUUACCAAGAAGACUGUAAUUCGUUAAGUACAAUAUUCUUCGACUCGCACGAUAUAUCAAAAAGCGGCAGCAAGUCUAAAUGGUCGAUUCUAUCCGAAGAAGACAUUCCUUUAACUAUGAAGCCAAAUUACCAAGUAUUUGAGACGAUUGUCAAAAGCAUCAAGAAGAUAUUUGGACUUACACUAGUCGGGGUAGACGUCGUGAUCGAGAAUCAUACUGGCAAGUAUGCGAUUAUAGACGUGAACGUGUUCCCCGGAUACGAUGGCUAUCCGAAUUUCUUUGAACACUUGAUAGACAGCAUAAGGAAAUUGUUAGUGGAGCAAGGAGCGUACAGGCAAAGUUCCAAGAGUUGCACGUUAAAGAAGUGUCAAAGUGAUGAUUUGGAUUCCGGUUUCGAGAGCGACGAGAAGAGGAAAUGUUCCACGAAAUAAACGCACGACCAUGUUAACACGUUGACUGCCAUUUUGAGAUGAAUAAGACUAGCUGAUGAAUGUAUCCUUCAGGAAAUACAUAAUUUAUUAUACUUUUGAUUAAUCAUUCUUUUAAUUAAGCUUUGAUGAAAAUCUGUGGAAAUCAGCAUGAUGGCAGUCAAUGUGUUAAGGAUAAUAUCUAGUUUUAGGCGAAAUUAAACAUAGGCUGUUGGUUAGAAUGAUAUAAUUCCAGUGAUAUCUGUUACGAUAUUUUAAAUGUGUUUAUAUUUUUUUUUUAACGAAACGAAACCGUUUGCGCGGUUCUCCCGAUUUCUCUGUUGAACAUAUAAUGGCUUCAAUAUUUCCGUUAAUAAAUCACGUUUGGUGCGUUUGUUUGAUGAAUAAAGAUGAAUAGAAAGAAGGAGAAAACGAAAUAAGUAUGCGAAUGCGUUAAAAGGAUGCUGAAGUCGAUAAGAAACUCGAACAAUAUCGAUAACGUAGAGACAAUUGUUAUUAACACAAUCACAAAAUAAUUAGCAAUUUAUUUUUACACGUAUUUUUAUUGUAUGAAAGCAUUUGUAAUUCCGCACAACCAAUAUGUCGUGAACUUUGUAAAAAAUGCCAAUAUUCUAUCAGUAAAACUUUUCAGCUUCAGCAUCUCCUUAAAAGUAAUAUUUAAUUUAGGGAAAUUAAAGCUAAGGUUAUGAUCGGGUUGAUCCAUUAUAUUGUUGUGAACGUGUCUCUAUAUUUUUUUCAUAAACAAGCAAAAUUUGGCUCUCACUUUCAAUUUCUCUAAAUCUUCAUAAAUACACGAUGGUUUCGUUACGAUUAAUCAAGCACGUUCGGUACGUUUAUUCCUUAAAAAAAAAACGCGGAAUAUACGCAUUUAAUCGUUCGCGGAAACUCGAAUCCUAUAUUUGUAUUUUGUAAUAAAUUCCAUACAUAUAUAGUACAAUAUAAUAACUAUAUGUACAUAUAUACGACUGCCAGAGAAGAUAUUUUAUACGUUUUACGUAUAUACAGUUUUGCAUUUCUGCAUCGACGUUAUUAUAUAUAACUGAAAUGUUAUAUAUAACUGAAAUGCUGAAGGUUUUGAAUGUACAUCAUGUAAAACACGGUUAUACGGAAUGCAUAUAAGAUACAGGAACAAUCGGAAUUACGUAGAACGCUUUUUUGUGAAGUGCAAUAUGAAGAUAAUAAUGAAGUGUAAGUAGGAUAUUUUCAGUAUUUUUAAUCGUCAGAAUCAAGUCAUUUAAUUUUUUAAGAAUGGUUUUAGGGAUAAUUUUACGCUGUUGAAAAAUAUGAUAGUAUGCAUGUAAUUUUCUCUAUCGAUUAAACCGAUUGUUUCUAAAUACCCAGAUAGAAAAAUGUGUUCAUUCCGAGCUCAUAUUGUAUUCAUGUAUCUUCAAGCAUGAGGAGAAGAAUAGACACCAAUGCGGGCUCAUAUGCGCCUCAGAAUGUAGACAUGUUAUGAUAUCACAAAAAUACCUCAUUUAAUAAUAAUAAUCAACAUCAUGUCAAGAAUUUGCAACAUAAUUUGUACAUCAUUUGUGUGCAUCUGAUGCUCAUGUCAUGAGAUCACGUAAUGAUCUUUAAAAAAGUAUCAAAUUGGAGUUAUAGUAUGAAGUCACAAUAUGAUGAAACAUGAUCAUCAUGCAUUUCUAUCUGGGUACAUCUAAAGCAUUAGUAAUAAGUUCGAUGACUCCUGUGUGUGUGUGUGUAUAUAUAUAUAUGUAUAAAUAUAUAUAUAACAUAUAUAUACAUUUAUUCAGUUAUAUAUUGUAUGAUAUGCAAUCUGAUAUGUAAAAUUUACACUGUAUACUUAUUUAUAUGUACAUAUAUUUUAUAUGAAUAGAAUGUACAGAGGUGGGAGAAGACAUUUCUUGGAUCACUCUUCUGUUUUAAUUAGUUGCAAAUAGAAAUAAAUGCAUCGUAUAACAGA